GGAUGCUCUAGCGCUGCGGAGACCCGGCUCGUGGUGGUAAACAACUCCCGUUUUUCACGGGUGAAAUUAUGGGACGUCAUUGUCUUUUUCCUCUCUCAUGCAGUUGCUGAACUUGUGAAGAGGAAUGAAGGGUUCUGCUAUGGCGUAUAAAUAUCAGGAAUGACGCAAGGACUAUGUCAAGGCUGUUAGCCAACUGCGCAAGUUCAUUUUCAUUUUGCUCUUCUUGCAAGCACCUGUCAAGUAAUAAACCUUGCCUGACAGGAACAGUUCUGGAAGAUCAGCAAGCACCUCAUCCGCGUGCACGUGAUACGACUAAAAAACAAAACAUGCGGUGGUGCUGGAAACGUUUUUUUUUUUUCUUCAGAUAAGCAAGUGUUCAAGCCAUAAACCAUGUAUCCGCGCUUACAACAAGAAGCACUUUAACGCUUGAAUGAAUUUACAUUUUGCGUGGUGACAGUUGCUGUAGAAAGUGAAUGGACAUUUUGUGAUAGACUAAGUAACCGGCAACACGAUGGCUUCAUGUGAGCAUGAAGAUAAAGCAAGUGACCCUUCAGAAGCUCUUCAAAAAGUAGAUGAUUUGUCUGGUCAGUUUGAAGAGCCUAAUCCUAGUUUCAAAUCUAAAAGUCUACCAGUCUUGAAUGACUCAGCCCAACAGCGUGAGACCUUGUUGGCCAGCACUAUGCAUACCUCCACAAUAUUGGAUAAGAGUGCAGAAUGUAUCCAACUCCCUCAAAGGACCGAAUUGUGUCAACCUGAGUCUCCCACCAGGACUAAUUUCCAGCCCCCCACUUCACGAGUGGUGGCACUCAGUAGCUCAUUCAACUCAGACGGACAGAAAGCAAGACGCAUAAUCAACUCAAACUUCCUCGUUUCAAGUCUAGGCCGCAUUCGUUUGCCCACCCGGGAAUAUAUGAGUGUGAUUCUAAAGGACUCGCGUUGUUUUUUGUUCUGUAUGUGCUAUCUGACAUUUAUACAGUCGCUAAUGGUGUCUGGCUACUUAAGUAGCGUCAUCACCACCAUAGAGAAACGAUACAGCCUGAGAAGCUCUGAGUCUGGACUGCUCGUCAGCUGUUUCGACAUAGGGAGCUUAGUGGUCGUCGUCUUCAUUAGCUACUUUGGAGGGCGGGGACAGAGGCCUCGCUGGCUGGCGGUGGGUGGGGUCUUCAUUGCAGUGGGGGCGGCCCUAUUCUCUUUACCUCACUUCAUCUCCCCGCCCUACCAAAUCCAGGAAGUGAACUCAUCCAGAGGAAACGAGGGCCUGUGCAUGAACAACAAUGGGAGUGGGCGGGACUUCCUGGAUGUGUCUUCCUGUCCCAGAGACCAGGAGGGCAACGAACACAACCUGUAUGUGGCGCUGUUUGUUAUUGCCCAAAUCCUGGUGGGCAUGGGGUCAACGCCCAUCUAUACCCUCGGACCCACUUACUUGGACGACAACGUCAAGAAGGAGAAUGCCUCCUUGUAUCUAGCCAUCAUGUAUGUGAUGGGAGCCCUGGGGCCUGCUGCCGGCUACCUGCUGGGCGGAGUCCUCAUCGGAUUCUACGUGGACCCCAAGACCGUGGUGAACAUCGACCAGAGCGACCCGCGCUUCAUCGGCAACUGGUGGAGCGGGUUCCUGCUGUGCUCAGUCGCCAUGCUGCUGGUCAUCUUCCCCAUGUUCACCUUCCCCAAGAAGCUGCCCCCCCGCCACAAGAAGAAGAAGAGGAGGAAAAAGAUCACCCUGGACGACAUGUCGAGCGACGACGACGUCAUGCGGGAGAAGAACAACAGCAAGAGCCAGACGGUCACCUCCUCCAUGGGCUUUGGCAGGGACAUCAAAGACCUCCCGAAGGCUGCGGUCAGAAUCUUGAGCAACGUCACCUUCCUGUUCGUCAGUCUGUCGUACACGGCCGAGAGCGCCAUCGUCACGGCCUUCAUCACCUUCAUCCCCAAGUUCAUCGAGUCCCAGUUUGGCAUCCCCGCCUCUGCCGCUAGCAUCUAUACAGGGGUGAUCAUCGUGCCCAGUGCGGGGGUGGGCAUCGUGCUGGGGGGCUACAUCAUCAAGAAGCUGAAGCUGGGGGCGCGGGAGUCGGCCAAGCUGGCCAUGAUCUGCAGCGGCGUGUCCCUGCUGUGUUUCUCCACCCUGUUCAUUGUGGGCUGCGAGAGCAUCAACCUGGGGGGCAUCAACAUCCCAUACACCACCGGGCCAACUCUGACUAUGACCCAGCGGAACCUGACGGGAGGCUGCAACGUCAACUGUGGCUGUAAGAUCCACGAGUACGCCCCAGUGUGCGGCUCUGAUGGCAUCACCUACUUCAACCCCUGCCUGGCCGGCUGCAGCAGCGUGGCCACCAACAGCACUGGAAUCAGGAACUACUCGGACUGCGCCUGCGUCCAGAGCCGGCAGGUGAUCACGCCGUCGUCCGGCGGCCAGGGCAACCAGCUGCAGCUGGUCAUCGUCAAGACCUACCUGAACGAGAACGGCUACGCCGUGUCGGGGAAGUGCGACCGCACGUGCAGCACGCUCAUCCCCUUCCUCAUCUUCCUGUUCAUCGUCACGCUCAUCACCGCCUGCGCCCAGCCGUCGGCCAUCAUCGUCACCCUCAGGUCUGUGGCAGAGCAGGAGAGGCCCUUUGCUCUGGGAAUGCAGUUUGUUCUACUCAGGACCCUCGCCUACAUCCCCACGCCCAUCUACUUUGGCGCAGUGAUCGACACCACCUGCAUGCUGUGGCAGCAGGACUGCGGCGUGCACGGCUCCUGCUGGGAGUACGACGUCACCUCCUUCCGCUUCGUCUACUUCGGCCUGGCGGCCAGCCUCAAGUUCCUGGGCUUCUUCUUCAUCUUCCUCACCUGGUACUCCAUCAAGUACAAGGAGGAGCGCGUGGAGCGCUGGCUCAAACGCCACCUCUCCACCGCCGACACGGUGGGCGACCUCGUGUGCCACGCCGGCGGGCGCAAGGGCCACGCCCGCACUCGCUCCUGCCCCGUCAACAUCCCCCGCAGCGAGCCGCACGCCGUGCUCAUCCCCUCCGGGGUCCUCAAUCGGGGGGUCAGCACUCAGAGUUGCCCGGGGAACGGCCUGAAAGCGAUAACGCCGCCCCCGCCCCUGGCCGCCGCCGCGCCCGUGCCGGCCCGCUCGCUGGAACACGUCACAAUCCGGGUCUAAGGAGAGGGCGAUGGGGGGGGGAAGGGGGGUCAACUGUGCGCCCGUCAAGACUGGGAAAUGUGUGCCUUUUUCUCAGUUUGUCCCUUCUCACGUGUACAUGUCCUCCACAUACGCACACAGAAGCACUUACGUACACACACAUAGCCAGGCACUGGAGGUCCUGCUUGUUAGAAGUCACCUGAAUGGAAACCUCAGACUAGAGUAAGUCCCGCCCCCCUCUCCUUUGGUGUGUGUGUCUGCUACCUCUUUAUCUUUGUUUUGUUUGUUUACAUGAAGAAGUGAAUGUGGAUGCUCCCUAAAUCAUGCAUAUCCUCUCUGUUUGAAAGAUGUGGAAAUGACCUUUUGUAUCGAUAUCGAUCGCAAUGAUGGUAUUGAACUGGAAACCGAUGGCAUGGUGCUAUGUGAAAAUUGUGACUAUCCUUUAAUUGCUUUGUGUUUAGUGUUUGAUUCAUCCAAAAGAAGCUAAUAGGAUAAGGUAACGCGGGGCUUAGCAGCUUGGCUUGCAUGAACAAAACACUGUUCCAUGCAAGGUUUUGCUUUUCCACAAUAACAGAAUUCCACUGAGUAUUUUAGCAAAGAUACAGCAACAAAAGUGUUGCCUUCUCCCAACCUUUUCAAUUUGUACUUUGUAGAGUUGCCUCCGACUCACAUGUAAUGUGUGAUUUACCUGAAAGAUUUGACUUUAUUUAGUACUAGGCUAAGCAAGCAUAAAGGUUUUUACAUAUGAGUAUUUGGCACUGCGGUACUUGUUCAGCAUAACCAAGCCAAACUAUUUGGAAAAA